AUGGAUACAGAAGACACUCAAAAUGUAACUGAACUAGCUCUAGCUUUAGUCAAGAAUGCCAUCGCUGCUGCUAUCAAGUCCAUGGAAGAAGCCGAAAACCCCAUCAAAAAUAUCGACUGGAUCACACAGGGUGAAUUCACAGAAGAAAGGGGCCGUAAACAAAUCGAGCAGUUCAUUUCGAAGUGGGAGUAUCAACCCUACUGGGUGCACUACACAGAGUUUUUAAAGAAGGAAGAUAUGAUUCACAGCUUCCACUACAUCUACCAUGUACACUGGAGCAUCCCAACUGCUCGGAGACCCAUAGCACGAACCACUGCCAGUGUCUACUUCACCAUCAAGAUCAACAAAAACAAACCUCCGGAUACACCCAUUGAUGUCUCUUACGUCUUUGAGGGCCAUUCAUUGGUUCACAGACCAGGAACGACUCACUUUCAAGAAAAAUGCCUGAGGGACAUUAUUGAGGCCAAAUACAUUUUAAUGAAUUCAAAUAUCCUCCAACUCAUCAGGGUCAGAAUCUUCUAGAAUAUUUUAGGGAUAGAUUUCUCAUUGGAGUGUGUUAAAAAUACGA